CGUAAUGCAUCUGUCAUCUGGUCAAAACUGUCCAAAAUGGCUGAGACAGAGACCGAUAAUAACAGUAUUGUUAGAACUGAAAGAAAUAAUAAGGGCCCAAUUGAAAGCAAUGGGCCCCGUCGAGUUACGAUAUAUAAAACUGAAACUGGCUUCGGUUUUAACGUGCGCGGUCAAGUUUCGGAAGGUGGACAGCUGAGGUCUAUCAAUGGUGAAUUAUAUGCACCCCUGCAGCAUGUCAGCGCUGUUCUGGAGCAAGGAGCGGCUGAGCAGGCUGGUAUUAGAAAAGGAGACCGGAUAUUAGAAGUUAAUGGCGUGAACGUGGAAGGCGCUACCCACAAGCAAGUGGUGGACCUGAUCAAAUCCGGUGGUGACUGUCUCUCUCUUACUGUCAUAUCUGUAACGCAGAAGGAAGCAGAACGUCUAGAGCCGGGCGACGAGUCCGCUCCCGUAGGUGUGAUCGGGGGCGCGACCAACUCGCGCGCCGCUGUCUACCAGAAAUAUGAUUACACAGACAAGCGCUCUCUGCCGGUCUCCAUCCCCGACUACCGCGUCGUGAUGGAGCGCAACACGGGCAGGUCUUUCGUCGCCUUCAACGUGCACAUGGCCGGCCGACACCUCUGCAGCAGGCGAUACCGGGAGUUCGCAGCCCUCCACCACCAGCUCAGGAAGGAGUUCCUGGGUUUCAACUUCCCGAAGUUGCCGGGCAAGUGGCCUUUCACAUUGAGCGAGCAGCAGCUGGACGCGAGAAGACGGGGCCUGGAGCAGUAUUUAGAGAAGGUGUGCGCGGUGCGGGUGAUCGCGGAGAGCGAGUGGGUGCAGGAGUUCCUGACGGAGGGCGAGGAGUCGUGCGCGUCGCCGGUGGAGCUGAAGGUGCUGCUGCCGGACCGCAGCGUGGUGGCGGUGUCGGUGGCGCGCUCCGCCAACGCCGACCACGUUUACCGCGCCGUGUGCGACAAGAUCGCGCUCGACAACCAGCUCCGACCUUAUUUCUAUCUCUUCGAAAUCGUCGAGUACAACUUCGAGCGCAAGCUGCAGGGCAACGAGUGCCCGCACUCGCUGUACGUGCAGAACUACUCCACGGCGUCGGCGAGCUGCGUGUGCGUGCGCAAGUGGCUGUUCAAUCCGCGCCGCGACGCCGCGCUGGUGCGCGCGCACCCCGCCGCCGCCGCCUUCCUCUUCUGGCAGGCGGUGGAGGAGGUGAACCGCGGCGUGAUCUCGGCGGGAAACCGGCUGUACCAGCUGAAGGCGCUGCAGGAGGUGCGGCGCGCGGGAGACUACCUGGCGCUGGCGCGCGCGCUGCCCGGCUACGGCGACGUCGUCUUCCCCCCCGCCACCACCGACUGCCGCGCCACGCCCGCCCUCGUCCUCGCCAUAGGUUGGAGCGGGCUGAAGCUGUCGGCGUGGAGCGAGGGGGCGGAGGGUGCGGAGAUGGGGGCGGGUCAGGGGGAGGCUGUGCAGGUGUCGUGGCGCGAGGUGCGGGAGUGGCGCGCGGACGACGCGGCGGCGGCGGCGCGCAUCACGUACCGGCGCCCCGGGAACUCCGACCACACCACCGCCAUCGCUCUCUACACGCCAUAUUAUCAGUUCCUGUGCAACUGCAUGGACAGAAUAGCGGAGGAGGCGAGUUGGAGCGACACCGGCGAGUAGCGCGUUACACAAUCGAGACACAACAUGCCCGAUAUUAACACUAUUCCGCUAAUGUGUCGCAACAUGACCGACACUAUGCAUGUGUACCGAAUGUAAGAUGGCGGCGCGCGUUGCUAUGGUAACACUUAUCGUUUAGAUGUGAUUAUUUGUAGGUGUCCGUGUGAGAGGCGCGCCGCACUCGCUGUGAUAGGAACUGAUGCUGUCCGUUCCUCCUCUGUACUUAUAUACUUACGAAUUGUUUUAUAUUUAAUAAUUCAUCGUUAUACAUAAGGGGAGAGGGCACGUUGCUGUUAAAUUCGAAUCUCCAGUCUAAGAUUAAUCGUAUUUAUGCGGACUUUUUUAAAUAGUUCAUUUAAGGUACACUUCAAUGCAAAGAAGCAACGCCAUCGUGUCCAGUGGAAAUUUACUUAAUUCUAGUUAUUAAGUAUAAUGUCGUAGUAUUAUCGAAGUCGACUAAAAUCUAUAUAAUAAAUAUAACAUUUUUAACUCGGUAAGUUUUAAUAGUUAACAUGACAUGAUGGCAACACUAAUCUUAUUAAAUAAUAGAAUAAAACAUCUUACAAACAAUGCAUUAUAUCAAUAGUAGUCUAAUUUUAAAUAGGUUUUUAUUCGUAUUAAUUUUACAAAUAAGACCUAAAUCUAAUAAUUAAAUGCAAACAAUGUCGUUAAUCUUUUAAAAUAAAGGCGCGGUUUUCGAACGUUUGUCAAAUUGACAGCUGUCAGUUCAGUGUUGCCAGGAUAAUAGUUAUUUAUAUGUAGAGGUGUUUCGGUUUUUUCUAUAAUAGUCUU